UUUUCCCGGAAGUGACUUAAUAGCAUAUAGCUCUUAGCAUAUUUAUGCGACUUUCUUUACGUUUGCUUUUAAAUAAAAAGUUAUUGUACUUGUUUUCAUGGAGGCUACAUUAGAGCAACACCUUGACGAUACAAUGAAAAAUCCUUCGAUUGUUGGAGUUUUGUGUACAGACGCCCAAGGGCAUAAUCUUGGAUGCCGUGGCUCCCUUUCUGACGAGCAUGGUGGAGUUGUGUCUGUUCUGGCUAAACAGGCUGCCUCUCUAACUAAAGAUCCAACAGACACUCCCACUGUGUGCCUUGAAUCAGAUUCAGGGAAUGUGCUGGUGAGGACGCAUGGGACUGUCACAGUAGCGGUGCAUAAGAUGGUGUCAUAAAGUCACUGGAUGCAUCACAUCAAUCAUCAAGAUCUCAGUUGUUGCUCAUGUAAAGAAACUUGGCUGAUUUAUUGAUUUACCACUUAUCUGCUUUUGAAUUACAAAAGGACUCCUGCAUAUCUGAUAACUGUUAUGUGAUGUGCUUUGCUUAUAAUGGCAUUUUGAGUAACUGUGGCCUCAAUCCACUGAUGGUACUUGUAUGAGCAGAAUGCAUAUUCUUUUACAACUAGUUACAUUUCCUAAGUAUUCAGUGCUUCCUGGUGUAACUCCUAUUUCUGAUGUCAUAAAAUGUUGCUGUUAAUAAAUGAUUAAAUAAAUA